ACGGAAUGCUUCCCACUCGGAGCAACUGACCACAGGGCGACGACGUCCACAUCCCCCUACGCAUCCCCCAGUUUCAUUGCCUCUUGAUAUCCGUCCGCACUUGCUGGAACCAUGUUUCGCUUCGCUGCAAAGUCAAGGAAUGCCUUGAGCCGUGGUUCUCUGUCCAGUCGAGGAUUUCAUAGCUCAUCCGUUGCACAACGACUUGCUUCUAACCAGCCGCUACGAGCAACAGCUGCCGAGACUCCAUUGUCAAGUGCAUACCCAAUUAUUGACCACACUUACGAUGCUAUCGUCGUUGGUGCUGGCGGUGCGGGUCUUCGGGCCGCGUUCGGUCUCGCAAAAGAAGGGUUCAACACCGCAUGUAUCACCAAACUUUUCCCUACUCGUUCACACACCGUCGCUGCUCAGGGUGGUAUCAACGCUGCUCUUGGAAAUAUGUCGGAGGACGACUGGAGGUGGCAUAUGUAUGACACCGUGAAGGGUUCUGACUGGUUGGGUGAUCAGGAUGCGAUUCACUACAUGUGUCGUGAAGCGCCACAGACUGUGAUCGAGCUCGAGCAUUAUGGUGUACCAUUCUCGCGUACUGAGGAGGGUAAAAUUUACCAGAGGGCUUUCGGUGGGCAAAGUUUGAAGUUUGGAAAGGGUGGGCAAGCUCAUCGUUGUGCUGCUGUGGCCGACCGUACUGGACACGCCAUUUUGCACACUUUGUACGGUCAAUCGCUGCGGUACAACACCACCUACUUCAUUGAAUAUUUCGCCCUGGACUUGAUUAUGGAAGAUGGUGAGUGCCGUGGUGUCAUUGCUUUGAGUAUGGAGGACGGUACCCUUCAUCGAUUCCGCGCCCACAAAACCGUUCUGGCCACGGGUGGAUACGGUCGUGCGUACUUCUCUUGCACUUCCGCUCAUACUUGCACUGGUGACGGUAACGCCAUGGUCACGCGUGCGGGUCUGCCUCUUCAGGACCUGGAGUUCGUCCAGUUCCACCCCACUGGUAUCUACGGUGCAGGGUGUCUUAUUACGGAGGGCUCGCGUGGUGAGGGAGGAUACUUGCUGAACUCUGAAGGAGAACGUUUUAUGGAACGUUACGCCCCCACUGCAAAAGAUCUUGCUUCCCGUGACGUUGUGUCCCGUUCGAUGACCAUUGAGAUCCGUGAGGGACGUGGUGUAGGACCAGAGAAGGACCACAUCUACCUCCAACUCAGCCACCUUCCAAAGGAGGUGUUGAAAGAGCGCCUGCCAGGUAUCUCUGAAACUGCCGCCAUUUUCGCCGGCGUCGAUGUUACCAAAGAGCCUAUCCCCGUCCUCCCCACUGUGCACUACAACAUGGGUGGUAUCCCGACCAACUACCACGGACAGGUGAUUUCCCACAAAGACGGAAAAGACCAGGUGGUGCCUGGUCUUUACGCCGCCGGUGAGGCCGCCUGUGUGUCUGUCCACGGCGCGAACCGCCUCGGUGCCAAUUCCCUUCUCGACAUCGUCGUCUUCGGCCGUGCUUGCGCCUUCACAUUAAAGGACACGCUGAAACCGGAUACUCCCCACAAACCUCUCCCUAAGGAUGCCGGUGCCGAAACCAUUGCCAACCUCGAUAAAAUGCGUUACGCUAAUGGCGCAAACCCCACCGCUCAGGUCCGUUUGGAAAUGCAAAAGGUUAUGCAGAGCGACGCGGCUGUGUUCAGGACCCAAUCAUCAUUGGAGGAGGGAGUACAAAAGAUUGAUAAGGUUGCAAAGAAGCUCAAUGACUUGAAGACAACCGAUCGAGGUUUGAUCUGGAACACGGAUCUGGUGGAGACCCUUGAAUUGCAAAACUUGAUGGCAAAUGCUGUGCAAACUAUGUACUCUGCUGAAGCCCGUAAGGAAUCCCGAGGAGCCCACGCCCGUGAGGACUUCAAGGAUCGUGAGGACAAGACCUGGAUGAAGCACACCCUAUCAUACUGGGACCCUAAGACGCAAGCCACGAAAUUGGAAUACCGCCCAGUCAUCCACGAGACCCUAGACCAGAACGAGUGCCAGACUGUACCUCCUGUGAAGCGUGUAUACUAGACCUGGCAGUCAGGGGUGUGGGUUUAGACUGGAUCAUUUGAGGAGAGAUGCUUCUAAUAUGUAUGAAUUUUAAAAAAUCGGUUUGAAACAUUUCUGUAAGCGGGCUGUCGACGUCCACGUGAUUAUUCUGUGCAAUAAGACCAUUUUAGGCUGAA